UCUCAGUCCUCUGAUGUCUGUCAGGAUGAAGCUGUUGUGUGUGACUCUGGCUCUCCUCCUCACUGCAAAUUUCUGUGACGGUAUAACAGUUAAACAGUCUCCUGUCCUGUCUGUGUGUAGAGAAGGAGAUGCGUCAGUCACUCUACGGUGUUACCACGACGUCAGCAGCUACUACUACAUGUUCUGGUACCGACAGAGAGACAACAACAUGGAGAUGCUGACAUAUUCUCAUGGUCAAGGCUUGUGGGAAAUACAACCUCCCUUUGAGAAGGAUGUACAUUACACCAUGAGCAGGCCGGAGCUGACUAGAUCCACUCUGGAGAUCAAGAACCUGGAGGUUGGGGACGAGGCUGUGUAUUACUGUGCUUCCAGUACAGCACCUUCAAACCAACCAGCCUUCUUUGGGAAUGGAACCAAACUCACUGUUUUAGAUCCAAACAUCAAAGUCACUGAACCCACAGUGAAAGUCCUCGCACCCUCCGCUAAGGAGUGUGAAGAUAGAAACAAGAAGAAGAAGAAGACCCUAGUGUGUGUCGCCACCCGCUACUACCCUGACCACGUCACGGUCUUCUGGCAAGUCAACAACGUCAACAGAACUGAAGGUGCCGGGACCGACAACAGGGCCUUGUGGGAUGAAGAUGGUUUAUACAGUAUCACCAGCAGACUGAGAGUCCCAGCCAAGGAAUGGCACAAACCAGAGAACAGAUUCACCUGCAAUGUCAGCUUUUACAAUGGGACUGACAAUAUAAAAGUGAAUGACACCAUUAGUGGAGAUCUCCAAGGUCAAAGUGGGGAAGAGAUAACGACAGAUUACUAUGUGAAGAGCACCCAGACUGCCAAGCUGGCCUACAGCAUCUUCAUCGCUAAGAGUACCUUCUAUGGCCUGGUCGUCAUGGUUAUGAUUUGGAAGUUCCAGGUGAGUUCACUGCAAAUAUGAUAAAGGUUCAUCACACAGCCAUCUCUCUCCUCUUCUAUCUCUGCCUUGUGCUGAAGGAGUCCCAGAUCAGUUUAGUACGGUCUUGCCAACUCCUAUGGUCAGGGUGACAGUGACCACACAAACAGAUCCCACUGGACACACCACGUCAUUUCAACGUGGAUCAUUGGGAAAUACUUGGUUUAGACGUUGAUCAAUGAGAUUACAAUUGAUAUUCACCCAAUCAAAAGACAGCCAAAAGUUAGUCGAAUUUCCAGUGUGUUAUCCCUGUGAUUUCAACCAUCUAAAAGCACGAACAUGUUCAAAUGGAAAACAACAAUGUCUGAUUUCUGAUUUAGUUGUCAACCAAAUGUCUAUCACUGCUCUUUCAACCAUCUAAAAGCACAACACAGUUCAAAUGGGGAUACACUGUCAGAUAUUGAAUCCUUUAUAGAACAGAUUAAUGUGUUAUCACUGGGCUUCAUCUCAUAGCACAACCACAUGAGCUGGAUUGCAGUUGAGAGUUACAUUAUAGCACACGGUACAAGGGAUCAAUGCCAUUUGAGAUUCUAUUUUGAUUUUAAGAGGAGAUCUCUCAACAAUCUGUCCCACGAUAAGCACAGAGGUCAUAAUCAGUGAGAAAUAGCAUAGCGAAGCGUGACUGCGUUAAAACCUGGGAUGGAAGACAGAUGAACUCUCCAGUAGGAGGGGCUGCCCAGCAUAAUGUUUUGUUUCUGAUAGUGACCCUGACUUUGAAUAUCUGAUAUUGUUUAAAAUCGAUCAAAAUUCAACAUAUUUUGUCAAUGUUGAAAUUAGUUUACCAUCAUGACACAAUCCUGUGAUUUAAAUUUCACCCCCCCCCCAAAAAAAAACAGUAAAAAAAAAAUUAAAAGUAUUAUUCUAAGUAGAUUCCACGUCACAAUACGUUGACAAAUAGCGUUGAAACGACGUUGAUUCAAUCAGUUUGAGCCCAGUGGGAUGUCACAUGACAGGCAGGCGGGAUACGCAGGACAGCAAAAACAGAUCUGGGAUCAGGCUAGUUAACGACCAUAGGGGUUGACAGGACAGCACAAACAGAUCUGGGACCAGGCUAGGUAACGACCAUAGGAGUUGACAAGACAGCACAAACAGACCUGGGACCAGGCUAGGUAACGACCAUAGGGGUUGACAAGACAGCACAAACAGACCUGGGACCAGGCUAGGUGAUGACCAUAGGAGUUGACAAGACAGCACAAACAGACCUGGGACCAGGCUAGGUAACGACCAUAGGAGUUGACAAGACAGCACAAACGGAUCUGGGAUCAGGCUAGGUGAUGACCAUAGGAGUUGACAAGACAGCACAAACAGACCUGGGAUCAGGCUAGGUAAUGACCAUAGGGGUUGACAAGACAGCACAAACAGAUCUGGGAUCAGGCUAGGUAUUAUCCUCAUACAGACACUAUACUGUCUUUAUCCUCAUACAGACACUAUACUGUCUUUAUCCUCAUACAUCCUCAUACAGACACUAUACUGUCUUUAUCCUCAUACAGACACUAUACUGUCUUUAUCCUCAUACAGACACUAUACUGUCU